AUGGCUCCUUUGGUGCUUACACUGGUGGUUCUCCUACCUGUACGCUUUGCCAUUUGGAAUCGUGUUUGCCUGGUUAGGAACUGUAGGAUUGCCCGGACGAUUGGAAUUCCCAUUAGGAACCUCAUUGCAAGUGGUGACAAUCCAGUAUGGAUUCCCGCAUCAGGCAUCGUCCUUCCUAUUGUGAAAGCUGUAUUCGGCGAUUGUGAUAUCGUUCGGUAUAGCACGCCGGGCUGGGAGUUCAAAGACAAGUACGCGAUGCACCAAAAGCUUGGUAGUGCAGUAAUUCACGUCUCAGCUGGUCAUGACUGGUUAUAUCUCUGCGAUUCCGAUUCAGUCAAUGAAGUUUUCAAACGCAAAGAUGAUUUUGAUAGACCUCCAGAUUUGCUUCAGACGGUUCUCUCGUGUUUCGGACCUAAUGUCUCGACAGUCCAGAUUGGUAGCGUCAACGCAAAAUUACCAGUGCCCCAUUCAAUGAUAAAAAUAACUGAUAAGGAUACCCGUACAUUCUCACUCCAUGUUUUAUCUGGAGCGGGAUUUGGGAAAUCAUCCUCAUUCAAAAGAUCUACCGAACAGCCAGAAGCAGGACAGACUUUUGAGUACCGAGACUCUCUUGCUCUUGUGUUAGAGAAUUGUCUUCUUAUCCUUGUGCUUGGUCCUAAACUUGUCUCUAAGUUAUCCUGGCCACCAAAGUGGAAGCGAAUUGGACAAGCAACAGUUGGUUUUAAAUUCUGCAUGGCAGAGAUGCUGAAGGAUAAAAAAGAAGCCAUCGCGCAUGGGAAACCUAGAAGUGCGACGUUUACAAGUUCUUUACUUAGAGCUUCCAAAGAACAAUCUCAAUUAAGUUCAAACGGCUCUGCUCCAAGUGGCUUUCAAGGGCUCACCGAAGAGGAAAUCUAUGCAAACUUGUUUGUUUAUAAUUUUGCAGGCCAUGAUACGACGGCCGUUGUACUGAACUGGACAAUCUAUCUUCUCGCUGCGCAUCCCGAAGUUCAAGAUUGGAUCUCGAAGGAAAUGAAUGCUAUUAUCACGAACGAUAUGUCAUCGACAUGGGAUUUCAAGGAAAUAUAUCCGAGAUUAAAUAGAUGUCUUGCCGUAAUAGUAAAUAUCUCACCAUUCAAAUAA